GAUUGUAUACACCUGUGUCCAUGGAGGGGAUUGGAACCUGAAUCACAUGAUUGGGAGGGGAUUGGAACACCUGAGUCACAUGAUAUGGAGGGGAUUGGGACACCUGAAUCACAUGAUAUGGAGGGGAUUGGGACAAUUGAAUCACAUGAUAUGGAGGGGAUUGGGACACCUGAAUCACAUGAUAUGGAGGGGAUUGGGACACCUGAAUCACAUGAUUGGAGGGGAUUGGGACACCUGAAUCACAUGAUUUGGAGGGGAUUGGAACACCUGAAUCACAUGAUUUGGAGGGUAUUGGAACACCUGAAUCACAUGAUUGGGAGGGGAUUGGAGCACCUGAAUCACAUGAUUUGGAGGGCUGGCCCAUUACUUUUGGCAAUAUAGUGUAUAUA